AUGGCCAAGUCGAAACGGCUUGCCCCCAGAGCACCAGGCGCCGACUCAACCUUCUCGUUGCCUGCCUGGGCGACCGACGGCCUACCGCUUCCGCGCAUGGUCGUCUUCGACCUCGACUACACGCUCUGGCCCUUCUACUCCGACAUUCACAUCUCGCCGCCCGUGCGCGCAGUUCCAAACACCCAGUCCUCGGUCCUUGCCGACCGCAACGGCGAACAAUUCGGCCUGUACCCGGACGCGCCAUACAUCAUCCGGCUGCUGCAGUCGCUCAAGAUCCGCCUAGCUGUCGCGAGCAAGUCGCCCGUCGGCGACCUCUGUCGCGAAGUGCUCAAGCAGUUGCGACUCCCUGAAGAUUCUCCGGGGGUUGAGAGCAGCAGUUCGAAGAAGUUGAGAGUUAUCGAUGCCUUUGAUGGCGGGCUCGAAAUCUAUGAGGGGACCAAGAUUCGGCACUUCGAGGUGAUUGCGCGGCGCACGGGGGUGCCUUUUAACGAGAUGCUCUUCUUUGACGAUGAGCGCCCAAACUUGGAGGUAGAGCGACUUGGAGUUACCAUGAGGCUUAUCCGCGACGGACUUACCUGGGAUGAGUUGGAGAAGGGCAUUGCUCAGUGGAGAGCAAAUAGGGGUAUUGCCUAA